AUGAUUAGCAUAACACAGUGCCCGUACUUCCUCUUCCCGGCUGUGUCUCCUCGGGCGUCUUGUAGCGGCAAAGGCAGGGCUCACGCGCGCGGUUUGAAAAUGAUGGCAACGGACGGAGAACCUCUGACGGAGCACGAUGUUCGAGAGAGAGUCAGCUUGUGCCACGAGAAUCUCGCUGAUGUUCGGUCAUUGUCCCUUCCUGGAACUUAUCAUGAAAAGAUUACUCAUUUAGGAAAUGCUCUGAAAAGUUUUGUCCACCUGAAAUCUCUAGAUCUCUCACGCAAUGCACUGACCUCCUUGGAGGGUCUUCAGCAUCUCACAUAUUUAGAAAACCUUAAUCUCUACUUCAACUGUAUUUCUACAUUGUCAGAAGUGUUUCGACUCCAUACUUUAACAGCACUGAAGAAUGUGGAUCUCCGGCUGAAUCCGGUUGUUAAAAAUGAAUCGGAUUAUCGUCUUUUUGUUGUACACAUGCUUCCUAAUCUCAGGCAGUUGGAUGAUCGUUUUGUAAGAGAUAGCGAACGAAAAGCAUCUCUCUUGCAUUUCACCACAAAUGAUGCUUAUAAAUUUAAGAAGCCUUCAGUUUUACCAAAAGAGACUGCAACUGGAAGAUCUGCCCAUCCACGAGCUGUGUACAUUAAAGGCAUAUCAAAAAAGUGUUUGUUGAUGGAUGCAGAUGAUGAAGCAGUCCUAAAUUUCAUUGCCAAGCAUGAAUGGGACCCAAAUAAGCCUUCAGGAGUAACUGGGUCCUGUAAGAGAGCCCCUCCAGUUGAAUUUCAUGAUUUAAACAGUAUUUACAAAAUGGAAAAGAAUAUUGGGAGGCACUGGAGGUCUUCUGUCUCCCCACGACCUUGUAUCUUAAUGGAAAAGAAAUUGCUACAAGAACAAGAACCUGUGCCCAAGGAUGCUGUAUCAGAAAAUGUGAAUGCAUUGGACACCAGAGAAUUGGACAGAGAAUAUAGAAUUGCCCAAGGUGUCUUUGGUAAAGGGCCUGAGAAAAAGAAAAUAAAUGAUAGAAUUUUACUUGUAGAUACUGUGACAAAAGAGCUACCCAACGAUCCUAAUCUGAAAUUCCAGGAUGAAGCUAACAAAAUUAUAACCCAUGUCAGUUUUGCACCUCAUCCAGGCCCACCAGGAAUGAAAACAGGAUCUAAUUGGAAGGAACCAGAUCAGGCAAAGGGCAAAUCUCAUGGAGUAUCACAGUGGGAAAAUAAAGUGCUAUGUGAAGGAAAAUCCAUAGAACAGCUUUUAGAUUUGGUUGACAAGCACUGGACUGGCAGCAAAUCACUCCAUAACAAUGAGAAAUUUUUAUGUCAGGCAGAAACUAUUUUGUCUGCACUUCAAAAACCUGUGCCAACAGAUCAACAGAAGCAACCUUCUUCAGAACGUCAAGAGAUAAAUAAGCUUAUUUCAGAAAAGAAAACUUUACAAAUGCAUAUUGCUGCGCAAGAAGAACAGUACAAUGUUAAAGUUAAUAGUCUGCAAUCAGAGUUGGAUAGUGCUAAGGGCAAUAUGACUAUAUUGAAGCAGAAAAUCGACAAGUUAUUGGAAGAACGUACAGCCAAGAAGGAGCAUAAUUCCAAACUGGAACAAAGCAUCCAGAGUACAAAGACUCCUGAUAUAGCACACUUGCAGAUCACCAAGCUUGAAACUCAGAACCAGCAGUUAAGAGAUGAGAAUGCUAGUUUGAAGCAAUGUCUCCAGAAUCUUCACAAGAUGCAGGAGCUUGCAGAGCUAUUACAGGAAAGCCACAGAACACUGGUUUCUACCAAUGAGCAUCUUUUGAAAGAACUGGAGAAGACACGUUUGAAACAUAAAGCUGAGGUGGAACAGCUGAACUGGAAUUACAAUAAGUUGAAGAAAACAGUGGACACACAACUGCCGCUGCUACCACCACCACCAGCAGCAACAACAGCAUUCGAACCAGCUGCGGCAGGGCGAGCAGUACCACCACCACCUCCUGUUCCUGCUCCCACUCCUCCUAGCAAUGUGAAUAAGAAUGGGCAUUAGAAGAUUUUCUGUAAAUGAUUUUAAAAGGUGAUUAAUCCUUGACAUUCCUCAUCACCAUGAACCAGGGAGUAAUAUUGUAGCCUGCCUUGCUUGCUUGCUUGCUUGCUUGCUUGCUUGCUUGCUUGCUUGCUUGCUUGGAAAUCUUAUAUGCCGCCCCAUUUGCAAAAGCCUCGGGGCGGCUUCCGACACAAAUAAAUAGCAA